AGGCCGGAGUCCCGCCCCGGGCCGCCCCGGGCGCUGCAGGUCAAGGCCGAGAAACCCGAGCCGGGGCCCGGCGGCAUGGACCUGGCGGUGUCGCUGGGACCCCGGAGGGUCAUCGAGACGGGAGCUAGAGCGGUCAGGGCCGCCAGAAUGGACAACGCCGGGCUGGCGCUCGACGGCCGCCGCGGAGAGGAGAAGAAGGCCAAGCUGGAGGUGGAGGAGGUCCUGAGGGAUGCGAAAGGCGGGGAAGGCCGAGCCCUGGUGGCCAUCGGAGAGGGCCUCAUCAAAACCGAGGAGCCCGACCGGCUCCACGAGGACUUCAGGCUGGGCCCGGAGGCCUUGGCCAAUGGCCUGAUCCACGGCGGCAAGGAGGUCAUCCUGGCUCAGCCCCCCAGCGCCUUCGGGCCGCACCAGCAAGACCUCAGGCUCCCUCUGACUCUCCACACCGUCCCCCCCGGGGCCCGCAUCCAGUUUCAGGGACCUCCGCCUUCAGAGCUGAUCCGUCUGACCAAAGUCCCCCUCACACCGGUGCCGAUUAAAAUGCAGUCCCUGCUGGAGCCUUCGGUGAAAAUUGAAACCAAAGACGUCCCGCUCACCGUGCUUCCCUCGGACGCAG